UCAAAAACGUAUAUAAAUUCUUCGACAGUAAAAAAUCUGAAUAAUACACUCUUUCUCUCUCUACUUUCUCUCUCUUCACAUUCUCAACCAAAUUAAUGCAUCUUCUUCUUCUCUCUCCUCUUCCUCCCCUCAUAUUUCUGGAAAUCGGAGCCCUAGAUCCAUUGUUUUUUAUGCUUUAAUUCAAUCCUAAUCAUUUACCCAUUUUACUCUUUUCCUAGGGUUUGAUGAUUUUGUUUAUUUUAGCUUAAUUUAUUUAUUUACUCUGACAUUUACUGCAAGUUAGGGUUUGUUUUGUACGAAUUUGACUCAGAUCUUGUAGCUGAAUUUUCUGGGAUUUUCAAUUUCAAUUUCAAUUCCCCCCUUUUUGGGAUUAUGGGUAUUGAAUUUUUACUGGGAAUUGUGCGAAAUUGCUGGGUUUUGCCCCUUUUGUAGUGUAAUGGAGUGAUGCGAUUUUCCAGUGAAGGAGUGUUAGUGUGAAAUUGGGGGUAAAAUGGGUUGCAUUUGUUGCAAACCAUCUGCAAUUGAAGAUGAUAGUAAGGAGAGUCCGAGGGAGCGGCUUUCGAGUAAGGCGGUAUCGUCGGAGGCGAGGGUUUCAUCAAGAGUAGCUUCAUUGAGGAGGGAAGAUCGGAAUACUCAUCAUAGUAGUCAUAGUAUUAGCAGUAAUGGUAAUGGAGGUGAUGAGAAGGUGAUGUUGAUUGAUAAGCAGGUGAAUAAUGGGAGUAUUCGUUUACACGGUGAGAGUUUCGAGCGAAAGAGGGAGAAACCGGAGCUUGUUAUUCCUCAUCAUCAUCCUCCGGUGAUUGGGACGAUUCCGAAAUCGGUGUCUGUUGAAGGAGAGCAGGUUGCUGCUGGGUGGCCGACUUGGCUUGCCGCCGUUGCUGGGGAGGCUAUUAAAGGAUGGGUGCCACGGCGGGCGGAUUCCUUUGAGAAGUUGGAUAAGAUUGGGCAGGGCACCUACAGUAAUGUCUAUAGAGCUCGAGAUCUUGAAAAAAGGAAAAUUGUUGCUUUGAAGAAAGUAAGAUUCGACAACUUGGAGCCUGAAAGUGUUCGUUUCAUGGCAAGAGAGAUCCAUAUUCUUCGUAGAUUAGACCAUCCUAAUAUAAUAAAACUGGAGGGUCUUGUUACUUCAAGGAUGUCUUGCAGCUUAUACCUUGUGUUUGAGUACAUGGAGCAUGACCUUGCAGGGCUUGCUUCUCAUCCAGCUGUAAAGUUCACUGAACCACAGGUUAAGUGCUAUAUGAAACAGCUGUUAUGUGGACUUGAACACUGUCAUAGCAGGGGAGUUUUACAUCGGGAUAUUAAGGGAUCUAAUCUUUUAAUUGAUAACAAUGGGAUACUGAAGAUUGCAGACUUUGGUCUGGCAAGCUUUUAUGACCCCCGUCAAACUCAGCCUCUGACAAGCAGAGUUGUAACACUUUGGUAUCGUCCUCCUGAGCUUUUACUUGGUGCAACUUAUUAUGGUACAUCUGUGGACUUGUGGAGUGCUGGUUGCAUACUUGCUGAACUCUAUGCUGGCAAGCCAGUAAUGCCUGGACGAACAGAGGUGGAACAAUUACACAAAAUUUUUAAGCUUUGUGGCUCACCUUCUGAAGAUUAUUGGAAAAAAUCGAAGUUACCUCAUGCAACAAUCUUCAAACCCCAACAACCAUACAUUCGUCGUGUUGCGGAUACAUUUAAAGACUUUCCUGCUCCAGCUCUAAGCCUUUUGGAAAUUCUACUUUCAGUUGAUCCUGCUGACCGUGGCUCUGCAUCUUCGGCCUUAAAGAGUGAGUUCUUCUUUACGAAACCACUUCCCUGUGAUCCAUCAAGCUUGCCGAAAUAUCCUCCAAGCAAAGAGUUUGAUGCAAAAAUGAGAGAUGAGGAGGCUAGAAGACAAGGAGCUGCUGGAAGCAGGGCUCAUAGGGGUGACCCUGAAAAGAGGGGAACAAGAGAGUCCCGAGCCAUUCCCGCACCGGAUGCCAAUGCUGAAUUAGCUGUGUCCAUGCAGAAGAGGCAGGCUCAAUCCAAUUCAAAGAGUCGAAGUGAGAAGUUUAAUCCUCACCAAGAGGAGGUUGCUUCUGGCUUUCCAAUCGAACCCCCUAGAGCAUCUCAAGCAGCAGAAGAUUCUGGUAUAAGCAGGCAUGGGCUCCAUCAUAAGAGAGCAUCGCAUUCAGGACCACUUGUUAACCCUGCAGCAUGGGUGAAGGCUGGGAAGAACUUGGACGAUGCUUCCAAUGUGUCUAAUGGGGCUGAUACAUCAACGUUUUCUGGUCCAAUGACAGCGAGGAGGAGCUUCUUAUCUGAGGACAAGAGAGAAAAGUCUAGUUCUCUGCGAUCUGGUGCUCCAAAACUAGUAGCGAGGUUCCCUGGAUCGUUUAAAGAAUCGUCAGAGUCUAUGAAGAGGCGAGAUCAAGCAGAUCAAGGGCAGGGUCUUGCAAGUUCUCAUCAAAACGAAGAUGGAAGAAGUAGCAAUAAUGAUCCUGUGCUUCUUGGCUACGGGUCAAAGGGCAGCAAAAUUCACUACUCAGGACCUCUAAUAGUCCCUUCAAGCAACAUGGAUCAGAUGUUGAAAGAUCAUGAUCGCCAUAUUCAAGAAGCUGUAAGGAGAGCACGAAUUGACAAGGCUAAACUCAGAAAGAUGCAGGCUGAAGGAAAGCAGGUAUCGUCCACUUCAUUGUUUGUUGCUGGCCGUUGAAGCAGAGUAGAUAAAAUCAAUGUAAAGAUUUAGAGCACAAAUUUGGCUAGAAAGAGAUUGCCGCAGAAAGCUGAAAUCUGUGAUUUUUGGCUUCUGGAGUAACGAGUCAAGUUUCAUUUUAGGAGAAAUCCAUUUUUUUUUUUUUUCCUUGUACAGUUUUAACUUACCCAGUUAAGUUGGCUAAUAUAGCCGUUUUGCUGCCAAGCUUGUGGCUCCUCCAAUUAAUUUACAGCUCACAUGUAAUCAGCUAUUUAUCUGCAAAUACUGUAUCAAUACAUGACAUUCUUGUAGUGUUAAUUCUCUUCAGAAAUAUUAGCAUACUUAGCAGUCAA